GCAGGCGGGGAGGGAGGGCCCCGGCCGCCCUGCCCUCCGCCCUCCCGCCUCGCCUCCUCCGCCCGCCCGCCGCCGCCCCUGCUGCGCCCCCCGCCCUGCGCCGCCCGGCAUGGAAGGCGGCGGGGGCGGCCGUGAGGGGAUCGGCCUGGAUAAAAUGUUCAACAGUUCAUUGACAACUUUCGUCAGAAGAAUAAUUGCUACUGCUCUGCUCUUGGCUUAAUAUCAGAGUUCUGUGACCUACGCAUCAGUGCUAAACAUCAAUAGAGAAUCCUAUUCUGUGUAGAUGAAACAGGCAUCGGUCAUGAGAACCCAUCUGAAUUUAAAGCUGCUUGCUUGGUUUUCUGGGAUUAAAGGUGUUCAUUGAAUCAGAGUGCCCCGUCCCGUCCCCCCCCACCCCAUGAGUCAGACAACCAAUUCUUGUCAACAGUUGGUUGAAAACUGUGCAGUGCAUGUAGCAGGUAUGGCGCAAGAGGACAGUCACCGUGGUCAAGUGCCACCCACAUUUUAUCAUGGUGCCAGCCAGGAACUUGAUCUAUCCACCAAAGUAUACAAGAGAGAGUCAGGAAGCCCUUACUCAGUGUUGGUGGACAGCAAAAUGAGCAAACCACAUCUCCAUGAAAGAGAAGAGCAGCCGUAUUUCAGGGAGAACAGAUCAGUAGGAGAAGUCCGGGCUGUGAAAGAAGAUAGAGAAAACUCUGACGACUCUGAGGAGGAGGAAGAGGAGGAAGAUGAAGUGACUUACAAAAGGGAGCAGAUUAUAGUAGAGGUAAACCUUAACAACCAAACAUUAAAUGUAUCAAAAGGGGAGAAGGGUGUCCCCUCCCAGUCCAAAGAGACUGCUGUUCUUAAGACCAGCAGUGAGGAAGAGGAGGGUGACAGUGGGGAAGAGGCCACUGAAGAAAGUAAUGAUGAUGAGGAAAAUGAGAGGCAGAAGAAAAAAGAGAAAAGAGUGGAAAAAGUUAGUGUUGCACAAAGGAGAACAAGGAGAGCUGCAUCUGCUGCAGCAGCCACAACUUCCCCAUCACCCAGAACUACAAGGGGUCGUAGAAAGAGUGUGGAGCCCCCCAAGCGUAAGAAGAAAGCUGCAAAGGAGCCCAAGGCACCUGUGCAGAAAUCAAAGUGUGAAGAGAAGGAGACUUUAACCUGUGAGAAGUGCCCCAGGGUGUUUAACACACGCUGGUACCUGGAGAAGCACAUGAACGUCACUCACAGGCGCAUGCAGAUCUGCGACAAAUGUGGGAAGAAAUUUGUUCUAGAAAGUGAGCUGUCCCUUCACCAGCAAACAGACUGUGAAAAAAAUAUCCAGUGCGUUUCCUGUAAUAAAUCAUUCAAGAAGCUCUGGUCCCUCCACGAACAUAUCAAGAUUGUCCACGGAUAUGCAGAAAAGAAAUUCUCUUGUGAGAUUUGUGAAAAGAAGUUCUACACUAUGGCCCAUGUGCGAAAACAUAUGGUUGCACACACAAAGGACAUGCCGUUUACAUGUGAAACCUGUGGAAAAUCAUUCAAACGCAGUAUGUCUCUCAAAGUACAUUCCCUACAGCAUUCUGGAGAGAAACCUUUCAGAUGUGAGAACUGUGAUGAGAGGUUUCAGUACAAGUACCAGCUGCGCUCCCACAUGAGCAUCCACAUCGGGCACAAACAGUUCAUGUGCCAGUGGUGUGGCAAAGACUUCAACAUGAAACAGUACUUUGAUGAGCACAUGAAAACACACACUGGAGAAAAGCCCUUUAUCUGUGAAAUCUGUGGGAAAAGCUUCACCAGCCGCCCAAACAUGAAGAGACAUCGCCGAACUCACACAGGGGAGAAGCCCUACCCAUGUGAUGUGUGUGGCCAGCGAUUUCGCUUCUCCAACAUGCUCAAGGCACACAAGGAGAAGUGCUUCCGUGUUACCAGCCCUGUGAAUGUGUCAUCUGCAGUCCAGAUUGCGCUGUCCACAGCUUCUCCUGCCACCACAGUCCCUGCUGUAGUAAACACACCCACCACCCCAACUCCACCUAUGAACCUGAACCCAGUGAAUACACUUCCUCCACGCCCCAUUCCCCAUCCAUACUCACACCUCCACCUACAUCCUCAUCCUCACCAUCCACAUCAUCUUCCGGUUCCUCCUGUUCCCCAUUUACCUCCUCCUCCAGCUCUUUUUAAGAGUGAGCCUUUAAAUCACAGAGGUCAGAGUGAGGACAACUUUCUGCGACACUUGGCAGAAAAAAACAGUUCAGCACAGCACCACUAACAUCUUGGCUUCCUGUCAGUCAUUUUCCCAUUUUAUGCACAUGAAAACAUGCCCUCAUGGAAGUACAGAGGGUUAGCUGAUGAGGACUUUUGUCCGUCUCUUAGCCCCAGCAGAUGAUCCUUGUUUUUCCUUUGAAUUGGUUAGCAAGUGAGGAAAUCCUGGUUUGGAUCAGCAGUGCUCAUUUGAACCUGGGAAUCAACAGGACUCAACCCCAAUUUGCUUGUGUUUUACUGGUGACUUUUAUAAAAUUUCAGAUACUGAAACUUGUGGAAUUUUAUAAUUUCAUAUCAGCUGAUGAGGUAUGCUUGCUUUUAUAUCCUGGACUUCUCCUCAAAGAGGAGAAAGCCCAGGUUUUCUUUGUACUAAUCGGAAAGGCUGUGAGAUUAAUACAGAGCAUUAAUUGUA